AGCUCCGUCCAAGCAGACAACCCCCCAACAGGAAACAAAAGGGCAUCGAUUCCCACAGAAUCCCACAAUUGCCCUUCUUCCCAUGUUUCCAAAUCGUCGCGGAACCUGGACUUUAACAGCCCUCCCGUUAAGCUUCGAAUUCCGGCCAGGCACGGGUCGAAUCCCCAUUCGCGGUCUGUUCGACCGUUGGCGCCGUAGCACCGUCGCAGCUCAGAUGGGGGAAGAGGGGUUCCGAAACCCGAAUCUCCAACAACUCUGGUACUGCGACGAGCGCAAAAAGUCGGCCCAUACCCGCGCAGGACGGAUGACACAGACAUGCAGACAUACAGACAUCCCACGCCAGAAACAAGACGAUUGCCGACUCCGCCCCCUUCCCUCCCCCGUUCUCUUCCCUGGUUCGAGAAGAAGAUCUCAAGAUACGAGCGCAACUGAAACGGAUGGGUCUGGUGGCAGUCGCGAUGGGGACGACACAGUUCUCUCAACUGACUGGCUCAACCGACUAUCAACUAACCACACAAUACAGAGUACGGCUAGACAGACGACAACAGGCCGACAACCAACGCCGACCCUGAUGACACAAGUACCGCCAGCGCCGCCUCCGUGUCAGGCCUCCCUGUCGCAUCUCUCCCAUUCACGGUUCACGUUUCUUGUCGAGCCCACACCUACUCUCAUUCACAAACCACGCUCGAGUCUUUCUCUUGUCCUCCCUGCCUUGGCCCGCACGUCAUGUAUCCAGCAUUGCUCCCUAGCAACCCUUGCCCACCCUUCCCAUCGACGAACGAGCCCGAGUCCAAGUUCAGUUGGCAGUCCAGCCAAACCCUUCAGGGCUCUGCGACAACGACGGGUCCUAGCCUGAGAUACCCGUGACCUGAAGCAUGGGAUCCGAAACGUGGACAAGAACGUACGUGCGCCCGUGUGUAACUGUGGAUGAAUACUGGUGGGCCCCCCGGUCCACGAGGAAGAUGCCGUGCCGGCCGGCCAUGGAGAGCUCUAGACCACGAGAUCUGCAAUCACUGCUCGAGUGAUCUUCAUCAUGUCCACCUCAUGGGGAAAGAAGAAAAAAGGCUCUGGGAACGGAAGGGGGGGACAGCGGAACAAGUCCCUCCUCUCGAGCACUCUUGACAAGGAGCACAGCUACUGUAUGUGUAGAGUAUAGACAGCUAUCCGCCAAAAACCGCCUCGUGACACAUGCUCCAAGCUCUGGGCAAGGCUCGGGCGAUCACUUCCCAAAUCCUCCCACAUCCACACCGG